UAUUUUGAAAAGAUUGAACCGGUAGAAGAAGUGUCCCGUUGAACCCGCGUGCGUGCCUUUCUCUUCAUUAAAAACAACUGCAGCAACGAAGUGAACAAACUGACAUGAACCUGUAGUUCAGGACCGACCCGAACUCACUCGGACUUUGUCGGAAUGGAUGGUCUGGAGGUGAAAGUUUCCUCCAUUUUGGAUGAACUUAUAAACGCAACCGUGUCGGAAAUGUCUAGAGAUCCCGGCGACCGUAACUCAACUGGAUUGUCUCCGUGUGUGAGUGAAAACACCGAAGGCUCCGCCGACGAGAAGAUGCUCCAGCUCAGGCUCUUCACGGCGCCUUUGGUCCGUGAAGCUGCAGAGAAGAUCGGCCAGCUUUUCCGCGAGUGUUCUUCCGAUCUGCAGCAGCAGGUACACGACUCCUGCUCUGCCGUCACCAGCCCCCCCUCAGCUGUCUGCUUAGGAGGGUCUCUCUGUGGUCUGAAGGUGUCCCAGGGGGCGGCCGAGGCCGCGGAGCUGAAGAGGAAACUGGAGGUGGUGGAGAUGGAGCUGAAGCUGGUGCUGGAGGGCAACGGCGGGCGGGGGGAGGCAGCAGAGCGGGCGGAGAGGAGGAGCACCCCGAAUGGCGGGGGAAUUGGAGAGGGUGUCCAGCGUUCAGGGAGGAAGAGUCGUAGAGUGGUGACCGUCGGUAACACUGGAGUGAAGAGAUCUCCCAUAAUCCAUCUGUGGAAAGGCAGAACAUACGAGGACAACGCUCAGACGGUCCUCAUAAAGGAGGAGGGGGUGGAGGCUCCUGACUCUGUUCAGCACACAGAGGACCCGGUUCUGUACGAUGGAGGUGGUCCAGAUCAGCAGAUGGAACCGGACGACAGCGACCCAGAGUACACCGUCAGACCCAAACGGGUCCCGAAGCUCAAAUCUCUCAGCGUCCGGGCAAAGCGGGAGGGUCCGCCUCUGAGCUGCAAGCACUGCAGGAAAACCUUCACCAAGCUGCUGCAGCUGAAAGCCCACCAAGCCGUCCACGAAGCCAACACGGAGAAGCCGUUCCUCUGCACCCAGUGCGGCCGAGGCUUCUCCUUCCAGAGGAGCCUCGACGCUCACAUGCUGCUGCAUACGGGAGAAAGACCCCACGUCUGUGACACCUGCGGAAAGGCCUUCACCCUGAAGCAGCUCCUGAGAAACCACCAGCGCCUUCACGCAGACGUGCGUCCGUUUUGCUGCGAGGUCUGCGGUAAGAGUUUCUACCGAGCGCACAGCCUGAAAAUGCACCAGAUGGUCCACACCGGAGAGCGCGCCUACAACUGCCAGUACUGCAGCAAGAGCUUCACAAUCCACGGCAACCUGCAGCGCCACCUGCGCAUCCACACGGGCGAAAAGCCCUACAUGUGUCAGACCUGCGGGAAAAGCUUCAACCAGGCCGAUACCCUGAAAAGCCACCAGCGCAUCCACACCGGGGAGCGUCCCUUCAGCUGCGAGACCUGCGGCAAGUGCUUCAUCCAGAAAAGCACCCUGAAGACGCACCAGAAGACCACGCACUCAGACCAGAGCGCGCUGGCCUGCGUGGCGUGCGGCGAAACCGUCGCAUGUGUGGACUCCUUUCGCAAACACCUGCAGACGCAUGCGGUGAGCAUCCCCUGCACCUGCACCAUCUGCGGCCAGCGGCUCUGCUCCAUCACGGAGCUGCGCCUGCACCAGCAGCACCACACCAUGGACCGACCCCACAGCUGCAGCGUGUGCUGGAAGAGCUUCAAGUCCUCCAGCUACCUGAAGAUUCACGCCAAGAUGCACAGCGGCGAGCGGCCGUUCGCCUGCAAGAUCUGCGGCCGCAGGUUCACGCAGCACAGCAGCCUCAAGUCGCAUCAGGUGGUCCACACCGGAGAGAAGCCGUUCAGCUGCGACGUCUGCGGGAAGCACUUCAGCAACACGGGCAACCUGAACAGACACCAGCGCAUCCACACCGGCGAGAAGCCCUUCAGCUGCGACGUCUGCGGCCGCAGCUUCAGCCAGGGGAACAGCCUGAAAGCCCACCAGCAGAUUCACACCGGAGAGAAGCCGUUCAUGUGCGACAAGUGCGGUAAGAGUUUCUCCUACAUGAGGAACCUGAAGGAGCACAAGUGCGUCUACAUCUGAAGGUCGUCCGAGCGUCCGUCGGAGCUGAACCCAACAAACAAGACCAUCGUCAUCGUCCUGAACGAAGAGGGAGAAGUUCACAGAUCUGACUCUCUUUUUGCACUAACAUCACUAAACCUUUUGAAACAGUUUUCUUACCUCAACGUCAAAGUCCUACAAACACCUGAAACGGUUUUCACAGCACCUGUAGACAAAAAACAACAAACAUGGACUUUUUUUUUUUUUUUUACAAAUUAAAGUGUUUUGGAUUUGUUUAAAA